AUGGCGAUUGCUGCUCGACUUCCUCCUCUCCUCCUGCUCUCGGUGCUGCUCUUGCUACACUUCCAUGUGUCACUUGCUCCGACGCCGAAGGAAGAGGACGAGGAGGACGAGAGGAUCGUGCGGGGGAUCUUGGUGUGCAACCUCGUACUGAGCGGGUUCUUCGCGCACCUGAGCUACGUGACCAACAUGGUGCGCUAUGCUCGGCACCUGGGGAUGAAGCCUUUCUUCUUCCUCCAUGGAGGGAACUUCUGGGAGGAGACAUACGGCGACAACUGGAUCGAGUACUUCUUCACUCAGCCCAUGGUCAGCGAGAGGGAGAGGGAGGCGAUUCGGAGGAAGGUUCUGGCGCCCUACCUCGACAAGGAUGAUGAGGAUCUUGCCCGGGGGGAGGUGGAGCAUGUGGAGGAGGAGCAGCGGAGGUACGAGGAGACCGUCGUUAUCCCCCGCAAGCUUCGGAACCUGAGCAGCGAUCAUGACAUCGUCACGUCCUUUCUCCAGCCAAAGCGCUGGGUGCUGGAGCAGGUGCAGUCGUACGUGGAGCGAGUGUUCGGGGGGAAGCAUGUGCUGGGGGUCCACUACCGGGGGCUGGACAAGAGCGGAAGGAGCCGAGGAGAGGCCCCGCGGGUGCCGUGGGACGAAGUGCUGAGGGCGAUAGAGCGCUACCGCAAGCACUUCCCUUCCUCCCUCGUCUACGUGGCGACUGAUGAGAGACGAUUCAUCGAGUUCCUCUCUAAGCGCCUGCCCCCAGGUGCGAUGGUCACGCAGGAGGGCUUCCUUCGGUCUGAGGACGCGGGGGGAGACGCAAUGCCGCUGUGGGCGUGGGAGUUCGAGGGGUCGCCGAUGAGGAAGGGGCAGGAGGCGCUGGUGGAGAGUCUGGUGCUGUCGAGGACAAGCUUCCUCCUCCGCACCUCCUCCCUCCUCUCGGCGUUCGCCAAGAUCUUCAACCCCAAGCUUCCUGUGCUGCUGCUGAACCGCCAGGUCGACGACUUCGCUCCGGAGAACUACAUGCAGGAUGAUGAGCUUCCGUUUCCUCCUGAUGAUGUUGAGAAGGGGAGGGGAGAGGGAGGGGAGGAUCAGGAGGAGGGGGGGGCGGGGGAGAAGGCGGAAGGCAGGCAGAGGACGUUGGAGGAGGCGAUGGAUAGGCUAAAGUCAGUUGGGGAGGAGGAGUUUUCCUUGCAGGAGGUAGACGGCGGUAGGAGAGAUCUCUAUCUGAAGCAGAGCAACGCAAGUCAGAAGAUAGUCAACAUUGUCUGGCUGGGCAGGACCAUCUCGUCUCCCUCCCGCUUCUACGUGCAGCAGACCGUCCUGCCGCAAGACAGAGCUUGGAGGACGAGCUGGGUGGAGGUAGAGAGAGGAAAUUUUUCUUACGGCAGCUUCGCCUCCGGUGACGUCAUCAUGGUGAUUUGCGGUGAGAUGGGGGAGAGGAGGAAGAACAAGUCCAAGGCGAGCUUCUUGCAGCGCCUGCGCUCGUGGUCAUUGGCUCGGGGGGAGGAGGACGCCUCCGCUGCCCUCCUCGUCCCCUGUGGCCCGGCGGACGGCAAGUACUUGGAGUCGUCCGAGUCGCUGGCGACUGAGCUCGUCGGGCUGGUGGACGCUGUUGCUCUGCUCUCGACCCAGCUGUCUUGUGCGGAGGAAGUUCGCGGGAACAGAAGCACUGCCGUCGUUAGGCUCCUGCUCGGAUUCUCCGAUAUGACCCAGCUGGUCCAACUGCACUCCUUGCUCCCUGCGCCACAGCGGCAGAACCUCGCCCACCAGCAGGUGACAGGAGCGACGAGGUUGUCUGAUAACCUCUGA